AUGGAAACAAUUAAGUAUCCAUCAAAUGAACAUCUUGAAAUUGUAUCAAAAACGGCUCUUAAAGAUUACAAUAAGGGUCAGUUAGAAGCUAUUCUUAUAAAUCUUUCAUGGAAAGCAAAAGAAAUUGCCCGGGAGUAUCGAAGCGAAAUAAAAAUUAAAGUAAAGAAAGCAUUGACAGAAGUAUUUGGUAGAAAAAGAUUUCCACCAAUUGAAGAAGCACACCCAUCAGUUGAUCAAAUAAAUGUAUGGAAACUCAAAGAUACGAUUCAAGUAUGCUUUGUAGAUCUAGAAAGUCCAAGAAAUCCAGACAAUCCAAAUUUUACUUGGCGGCUUGCUGUUCUUGAGCAAGUUUAUCCAGAAGAAACUACUAAAAAUAAUAUUGCAUUUGCAAGUGUUUGUAUUGACAUUAUUUGCAAUGCUAAAUAUGAAUUACAGCAAAAAUAUGUUGUUCAUAAAAUGAAUUUAGCUCUUAAAAGAAUAGAAUUAGAUAAAUUGGAGAUUGAGAUUGAAUGUGAAGGAAACGAAGCUAAUUAUAUUGAAGAGGAGAAAGAAUAA